AUUCCUGCACCUUCCAGCCUCUCUCAUCAUGACGCAAACAACCCGGAAGUCGUGUGUUUGCUGUCAAUGCCAACCGUAGAGAGGAGGCACUGAAAGAGAAAAUCCCGCAUUUAAGACAAGAUGGCAGGACUGCCCCGCAGGAUCACAAAGGAGACUCAGCGUUUGAUGCAGGAGCCCGUCCCAGGCAUCAAGGCAGAGCCAGAUGAUGGCAACGCUCGCUACUUUCAUGUGGUCAUUGCCGGACCUCAGGACUCACCGUUUGAGGGCGGCACAUUUAAACUUGAACUCUUUCUACCAGAGGAAUAUCCCAUGGCAGCUCCUAAAGUACGCUUCAUGACCAAAAUAUAUCAUCCCAAUGUAGACAAGUUGGGAAGGAUAUGUCUAGACAUUCUGAAAGAUAAAUGGUCACCAGCUCUGCAGAUUCGUACAGUGCUGCUGUCAAUCCAGGCAUUACUAAGCGCACCCAACCCAGACGAUCCACUAGCAAAUGACGUGGCAGAGCAAUGGAAGGCUGAUGAAGUCCAAGCCAUAGAAACAGCCCGGACAUGGACCAGGAUUUAUGCUGGAAACAAAAAUGAAGUGUAGAACAGCCCAACAAGUGGAGAAAGUGGAAGUGAAGUGUGAAAACAACUCCUCAUGUUCUGCCAAGACCUCUUCUGACUUCAUUUGCAUUUAAAGGACACAGUCUUAAAUAUAUAAAUACAUAUAUAUUAUGAAAUAAACAUGAAUAUAUUGUAAAGGAAAAAAAAAACAACUGCUGACAAUUGGUGAUUUAAAUGCACACUAGUAAUGAAAUGACUCGUCGUUGUCCUAACUCACUACUGUUGAAAUGCAUGGGCAGAGGUUGUUAGAUCUUCUCACCUGGCUUUCUUUAUCCAUUGGUUUUUGGAGGCUUUUGCCAUCUGCUUCUUUAACAAGCACGUCGUUCAGGGGGGGUUGGGGGUGUAGGGGUGAGUGUCCAAUGUCCACAGUACUGGUGGAAAUGUGGACUCUGAAGCAGUAGAACAGAAUGGGGCAUUGGCUACAUGUGGUCAAUAUUGUAUACUUAAAAUAAUUUUCUUUUAACUUUGUUUUCUUGUGUCGCUGUUUGUUUAUUAAAGUAGCUAACUACUACUAGCCCACAGUACGUAGACACUUAACCAGGAGGCGGACCAUUUUUUCGUUCUGUGUAGAUGGCCAAGAUUGAUGCAGAAACAACUGUAAAGCCUACUUUCUCUUAAAAUUACAUCGGGCUGCAUUAAAUAUAAAUUAUACGACUUAAAACCAAACUGAGCCUGCCACUGUCACAUUAACUCGUUCAACCACUCAGUGUGAAGUGUAGGCUUGUGGAUGGUGUGGAAGAGUGUUUAGCAGAGGGUGAACAUUGAGGACCUUUUUUUUGUUAAGUUUUAGCACAUAUGUUUUAUUACCAUAUCCAGUCUUUUAUAUGUGUAUCUUUCGUGCUGUCGCCAUACUAACUUCUCUGCUUUCUGGUUUACUUCUUCCCAUGGCAUUUAUUCACAAAGCAGUGGUUACAUUUGAGCCGAGAAGGGAGGGAGUGCUGAGGGACCGUUUUGUGCGGUAGGAGAUGCCUAGAUGCCGAGGAAUAAAACUCCUAAUGUUGUAUGAAGGCUUUGACUCACCUGUUGUGAUUGGUCUUUGACUGAAAUGUCUGUAUUCUAUUCACUGUUGUAAAAUUCAUUCAUUCUUUCAAUCUGGGGAGGAAGGGUUUUCCUGUGCUCAGAACGUUAUAAAACAGUCCACCUGCAUACUUUUUAUGUUCUGUAAAUAAAAUCUGUUGAUUAAUAAAGA